UCUGAUUGAUAGGUACUCUAUCGAUAAGAUUAGGUAGGUACCUGGUAAGAGUUAGUAUGGAACCUUACCUAAGAGGUAAAUUUUCACCCGUCAAACCUUAUAGGCCUUUGCGGCUUCUAGUCAUAUCAGGUACCUAAGUCAAGACUUAAAAAAAGAGUCUUAAGACUUUUUUCAUGGAACAAAUAUGUUGACAUCGCAAUGGGUGUGCCGUCGCUGUAUUAAAGCCCUGGCACAGCCUCGGAAUUUCCAAUUCGUACGGUUCGCUAGUACGAAUACAGAGUCCCAAAUCAAUUUACCGUCCGUCCUCCUUCGACGUGCACAAAACAUUGCCGCCGAGCAUGACAAACUCGUAGCCGACCUCGCCAAUGAAUUCGACUCCAAGUUAGCCAAGCGCAUAGGCGAACUGUCGCGCGUCGCCAACGCUCUGAAAGAAUGGGAAGCCGCCCGAUCUUCCAUAGCAGAGCUCAAUGCUCUCUUACAAUCCCAGGAUGAGGAGUUGCGACAGCUAGCUAAAGAUGAAUUAUCCACGACCAAUGCCAAGUUUAAUUCUCUGGCCACUGCUUUAUCCGCUUCUCUUACCCCGCGCGAUCCCUUCGCUGAUAUGCCAUGCCUCCUCGAGAUACGCCCCGGGCCCGGUGGUCAGGAAGGUCGUUACUUUGCGGACGCGGUGUUCCGCAUGUAUCGACAGUACUGCGCGCGUAAAGGUCUGCGCACAAACGUUCUAAAGUACGAGACGGCAGACGGUGGUGAUACCUUAACCGGUGGCGCGAGCGAAUCUCCACUCCAGGAAGCUAUUCUUGAGGUUCUAGAUGCAGGCGCGUUCGAUCGGUUCCGUGGCGAGGCGGGCAUGCACCGUGUACAGCGUGUACCAGCUACAGAGACAAGCGGACGUACACAUACGAGCGCCGUCGCGGUAUGGGUCCUGCCGUCGUUUCCCGAAAACGAGGACCAGAUGCCUAACGAGGAGAGUUACAACGAUCCGAACAGCAUCUUCUACAUAGACCCGCGGGACGUCAGAGAAGAAAAGAUGCGAGCGAGUGGUGCAGGUGGUCAACACGUCAAUAAAACGGAGAGUGCAAUUAGGUUGACGCACGAACCCACGGGCAUCACGGUUUCGAUGCAGGAUUCGCGAUCACAACACCGUAAUCGCCAAUCAGCCUGGACAUUGCUGCGAUCGCGCAUCGGUCAAAAAAGACGCGAGGAGCGCGAAGAAGAGGCUUGGGCGCUGCGCAAUAGCGUACUGAGCAAAGAUAAGAUCACCCGCGGUAACAAGAUCCGCACAUACAACUACAGUCAAGACAGAUGCACAGACCACCGGAGCGGCCUGGACGUACAUAACCUACCUGACGUGCUGGAAGGCGGAGAAACCCUGGACAAGAUUAUGAAGAGCACGAAGGACUGGCUGAUCAAGCAGGAUAUCGAAGGGGUAAUCGCCGAGGAGACUGCGGCGGCAGCUAAGCCUAAGGAGACGAAGAAGGGGAAGAAAUGAGUUUUUCUCCCGUCUCUCCCGUGUUAAGGGCUUUAUCUUAGGUACUUUUACUCACAACUCACAACAUGGAUGAUGUAUAUAUAUACACUUCCCAUGUAAGAGAUCUGUACAUAGAGGGCCAAGCCCAAUAUAGAACCAGUUACUACCUCCUAUGCAGCUACUAUAAUUUAUCGACGCACGUAGAAUUAGCGGACCAAUUCUCAAUGAGCCGGUACAAGCCGACAUAUUCAAAAAUGCGACGGUUUUUAUCAUCGAGAACUCUCUCCAUCUUUCUCAAUGGUAC